AUGCCUCCGAGAAGACUCGCUUCGGCGCCAUCGGGCACCAAACCGUUGAGCAAAAGGUCUUCUGCGACUAGGGGAGCGCCUACUAAGGGCAAAAAUGGUCGCGGUGCGGUAAAGCAAAAUAUCCACAACAAAAGCGAUGAUGGCGAAAAAGAUGAGGCUCAAGAGCGAGAACAAGAGCAGGAACAGGAACAGAUUGAAGAUAAGGAGAAAGAGCAGGAUGUAAAUGAAGAGCAAGAGCAGGGCGACGAUGAUCAGGACGAGGUGAAGGAAAAGACGAAGAAGCAGACUGAACCUACUCGACGUGCACCAAAGAGGGCUACUGGUCGCGUCACCCGUAUUACUAAACCCGCUGCAGCCGCUGCGGCUCCGGCUCAAAAACGAAUUGCUUCGGCAGCACAGAGUGGUUCUGGAAAGACCAACGCGACUGCAAAGGCUCGUCUUAGACAACUUAACCUUGAUAGCGAGGCUACUCGCCAACGCGACCAAUCUGCCUCCACGUCGAGUGGAUCGCGCGCUUCUAAGCGCAAGAGGGAUGAAGUCGAGGACGAAGAUGAAGACCAAGAUGAGGACGAAGAGCCUGAGGAAGCGCCCAAGCAAAAGAAGCCUCGCGGUAAUCGAGCUGCACCCAAGAAGAUCAGAAAGCUCAAAGCCGAAGAACCCAAGCCAGUACCUAACCUGAUCACCGAAAGCGCCCCUAAGGCCGCCCCCAAGACCGCCCCCAAGAAGGUCGCGCCGCGCCCGCGUACGAGAGGGCCUGGUGCAAGAGGUGUACCUUUUAAUGAGGUGCCUACUAAACAGUUAGACGUUUUUGUCUUUGGCGAAGGAUCAUCGGGCGAACUUGGCCUCGGUAGUAAGAAAUAUGAAGGGAAAAAACCCAUCGACGUAAGGCGACCUCGAAUUAACCACAACCUCAAGGGCGUUGUCGCUAUAGCAUGUGGGGGUAUGCACUGUGUUGCCCUGACCCAUGAUCAGACUAUCCUCACAUGGGGUGUCAACGAUGACAAAGCGCUCGGUCGCGAUACUUUCUGGGAAGGCGGUACUCGCGACGUUGACGACGAGGAUGACUCAGAUGAUGACGAUGACGACACCGGCGUUAACCCUAGAGAAAGCACCCCUGGACAAGUUGAUCUCAGUGUGCUACCUGAAGGCACCAAAAUUGCCCAGGUUGCGGCUAGCGACUCUGCCUCUUUCAUCCUCACAGACGAUGGUUGGGUCUACGGCUGGGGUACUUUUAGAGGUUCUGAUGGUAUCAUCGGAUUCAGCGAACACACGCGAAUCCAAGAAACACCUGCGCUCAUCCCUGGAUUGAAGAACAUCACUAGAUUAGCUUGUGGUUCGAAUCACGUUUUGGCUUUGGACUUGUCCGGCAAAGUGUUCACCUGGGGUAGUGGAGGCCAAUUCCAGCUUGGCAGGAAGCUGAUCUCUCGUCUCGCAGGUCCGGGUGUUGGACUUACUCCGCAGCCAUGUGGCAAAUUCACUAAGAAACAUCGUGCCAUCAACGUGGGCGCUGGUUCGUAUCACAGUUUUUACAUCGACAGUGAUGAUCAGGUAUGGGCUUGGGGCCUGAACAACUACGCACAGACCGGCCUCAGGGAACAUACCGGUGAAGAUGAUGCCAUGGUUCUCCAGCCUCAAGUUGUUACAUCACUUGAAAACCAUAAGAUCAGCCAGGUCGUGGGCGGAGAACACCAUUCGGUUGCUUGUACGAGUGAAGGAGAGCUGCUCACCUGGGGCCGUGUGGAUGGCCACCAAGUCGGACAGCCGACCAGUCUAUUCAACGAGGAAAAUACUGUUUUCGAUGAUAACAAGAAACCCCGAAUUCUCUUGGAGCCUACCGCCGUGAAUGGAAUUAAAGCUACCUUUGUCGCUACUGGUACAGAUACCAGUUUCACUCUAGAUGAGGAAGGCAAGGUUUACUCGUGGGGUUUCUCUGCGAAUUAUCAAACUGGCCAAGGAACUACCGAUGACAUUGAAGUUCCGACCGCGAUCGACAACACCGCCAUUCGUGAUAGACGAAUUGUAUGGGCCGGUGCUGGCGGUCAGUACUCGGUUAUCGCGGCCGAAGCUGAGGACAAUGUACCUAACGGUCAAUGA